AUGGAGGAGAAGACAGACAAGUCGACAGGCGUUCUGUACCUGAUCGGGCUGGGGUUGAGCAACGAGCAGGACAUCACAGUGUGCGGCCUGCAGGUUGUGAAACGCUGCAAGCAUGUGUAUCUUGAGGGAUACACGUCGAUCCUCGGGGUAGAGAAGAGCAAACUGGAGGAGUUCUACGGGAGGGAGGUGGAGCUGAUGGACAGAGAGGCGGUGGAGUCGAACUCAGAUGAGAUGUUGCUUGCAGCGAGGACGGCAGAGGUUGCGUUUCUUGUUGUUGGAGACGUGUACGGGGCAACUACACACACUGACAUCGCCCUGAGAGCGAAGGAGAUGGGCAUCAGAGUGGAGGUCAUUCACAACGCGUCCACCAUGAAUGCUUGUGGAGCGUGCGGCCUGCAGCUCUACAACUUCGGGCAAACAGUGUCACUCUGCUUCUGGACAGAG